AUGGGCGUUACCUGCAGGGAGGAAUUUCAGUACCAAAACCUGUGCUUUCAUGAGACAAAACCAUACAAGUUCACUAGAUCACAGUGGCGGAUUUCUCAAGAGACUUACAUCUUGUGGCGGCUGUUCUGGGCGCUCUGGCAUUUUGCCUGGUUGGCUUUUAGUAUACAGUUAAAUACAAUUGAAGAGCGGUACUCCGGGGAACAAAUCAAAUGGCUCAUCUAUUUGAGUAACUGGUCCUAUGCCAUCCUGACUGCACAGAGUUGUCUGCACACUGGCAUCAUCUGCUACAUCUACGUGGUCAAGAAAGAGGACAUGGUGGAAGAGAACAUACAGUGGUAUCUGAAGGUACUGUGGCUUCUCACAACUUUCGGGUUCGACUCGGCCAUAUUAGUAACUGCCUUAUACUGGACUCUGGUCUUUGAUGGUGCCAUCAAGACAUUUCUAACCGUGGCCACGCAUGCGAUAAACUCAGUCUACGUGUUAAUGGACAUUUUCCUCAUUGCAGCUCCGGUUCGGCUACUGCAUAUCGUCUAUCCGAUAAUGUACGGCUUAGCCUAUACUUUGUUUACUUUUAUGUAUCACAUAUAUGGUGGAACAAACAAAAAAUCCGAACCAUUUAUCUACAAGCCCCUAGACUGGUCCAAGCUGCAUUCAGCUCUGACUGUCAGUCUUGGAUCAGUGUUCGUGGGUGUCCCAGCAGUUCACCUGCUGCAGUUUGGCCUGUAUGCGCUGAGACUGCACAUUUUGGAGACUUCAAAAUGCUGCAACAGGUGCGCAAAUAUAGACCGCGAGACAGGCAAAUGUGUCGGCGGGAAAAGCGAUCCGAAACAAACAAAGAUGGCAGAAAACGAUACAAACGAAUGCGCGCAGACACUCGUCGAUAUCGAAUACAGAAACAAGAUUUCUGUCACAAGUCAGUACGUUGAUAUGUUCGACAAUACCACAGCUACAUCGUGUUAG